AUGCUCCCUUGUGUAUCUGUAUCCGUAGCCUGCAAGACCCUUGUCCAUCCGAGCGCUGCUCCCGAGUCCAGCUCGACACCAGCUCGACCAGGUUCUCUGCCGUUCAGCUUCCCACAUCCCUUUUCUCGCCCGUUGAGCGUUUUAUGUUAUUUGCAGAAAGAAAGAAAAAGCCAAAAACCCACCAACGCAGCACGCACGACACACCGCUGA